AUGGAACCUUCACCACUCAAUAUUAAAACUAGUGCUCUUCAGAGAAUCACUAAAGAGAAGAAAUUGUAUGAAGAAGAGCUCUCAGAGAAUGAGCAGAAUGUCAAAAGCAUACAGGCAAAAUAUGACGCGGACAAGAGCAACGAAGACCUCAAGUACACGCUUAAGACGGCAGUGAAGAUACGCGAUGAGACAAAACGGAUGAUUCCAAAUGUCCAAGCGAAGAUCAAGGAGAUCCUUGAAGACCUAAAGGGCUACUUGAAGAAUAGUGGAAACGAGGGCGAUGCCAAGGCCAAGAAGGCAAUUGAGGCCGCAGAAAAGGAGCUCUGA